GCCGCUGCGGCGGCUGAUGGCGGCGGCGCGGGAAGGGGAGGGACGGCGGCGGCCCGGCCCUUCUCCCCCUCACGCCUUCCCCGCCGCGGGUGGGCGACCGGAGGAAGGGGGAGCGCGGCGAAACCGCGCUCCGGGGCUGGCGGCGGGGAGGAGAGGUGCGCGGCGCCGGGCGGGCGCCGCCGGUCCCCGGAGCAGCAGCAGCAGCAGCAGCAGCAGCUUUCGCCAGGUCCAAUGAUGACAGUUCUCUUGAGAGGCAGCCAGUUUCUGCAGAAAACUUGUUCCAGCAUUUAAUGCCACGAAUACCUGAAGUCUUAGGAAAAGAAAAAGAAAGUUUCUCGAUGACUAGCAAAGUUCGUUUAUGAGAUUGGAAAGAACUGUGAUAUCAAGCAUCCGUCUGGAUGCAGAGGUCUUUUCACAGAGGAUGUUCAGCAUUGGUAAACGGAUUUGCGGAUUUGCAUGGGAGAAUAGGAGAUUGUGCAUAAAUGGAACACCAUGGAUUUGGCAUCUCCUAGAAGAAUGUGUCGAGAAUGCGUGGGAGUAUUGGAGCGUUGUCAUCGGACUGAUUUCCAUUGUCUGUUUUCUGUUUGCUGCACUACCUCAAAUUUACGUUGCCUAUCGGAGUGGAAGAGUGGAUCAAGCGCUGUCUUUGGGCUUUCUGCUGUGUUGGAUAGCUGGAGAUCUUACAAAUUUUGUAGGCUGUUAUUUAACAAAUCAACUGCCGAUUCAGAUUGUCACCGCCAUUUUUUAUGUUAACAUGGAUAUAAUUAUGAUUUCACAAUUUGUCUACUAUAAGCUCAAGAAUCAGAAGAUGACAAAAUUUUUUAAUCAAGGCAGCAGAAGCCUGAAGAAUUUCUGUGUAACCUGGAUCAUAGUGUAUAUAGCGCUGUGUGUUAUUUUACUCUGUCAACUGUCACUAAGAAACCAAGACCAGACUACAGUAAUCCAAAGAAGUAAUAACUCUCUUGAUAUGAUUGAAAUGUCAGGCUUCGUUUGUGGCUAUAUAUCCUGUGUGUUUUACUUGGGAAGUAGAUUUCCUCAGCUGUAUAAAAAUUUCCGAAGAAGAUCAACAGAAGGCACCUCUUACCUGCUGUUUGCACUGGCCAUGAUGGGAAACUGUACAUACGGGCUGAGCCUUGUUUUAAAGAUGCCAGCUACCAAAUCCUUCUGGGCCCUCUACUUUUUACACCAUCUUCCGUGGCUUAUUGGGAGCUUUGGAGUCUUGUUUCUAGACAUUUUUAUGCAUUGAGACACCCAAUGCCUCUGAAAACCAGCCGCUAUGCUCAUGGAGUCAUGCUAAGGGCCAGCCAGCUACACAGUUACCGAGAUCAGUGUGCCAGUUUCUUGAAAGUCCUGAGCAAACGCAAAACAUUAUAGUUUUUUAUUAUUAUGUUCAGGGGACACACAUAAGAUGCCCACGAUAUAUUAGUUAUUGUUAGUUGUGCUCUUUCUAGAUGGAACAUUAGCAUUUUGCGAUCAAGAUACUAAAAGUAAAAUGUUUAGAGUAGUUUUGGGUUUUUGCUUUAAAAGCCUAGUGAACAGUAAUGUGGUGGUACUUGGUCUUUCUGUUCACUGGAGGUUUAUAGUCACCUGUCUUGUUACUAUAGCGUGUAUUUUCACUUAAAAGGGUAGGAAGAGGAGAUUUUCUGAUUUCUCCUGAAGUAAGAAUUUUAGGUUUGUGUCUGAAAACAUCUCGGUACUUCGCUCCAUGAGCUCAAACUAGCAAACAGGAUAAAAUGAAGAGUGAUUUCAGGACCAUGCUGAAGCAUAUUGUGUUAAUCCGUUCCAUAUUAAAAGGAAGUUCUUUACCAGCUUUACCUGGAACAGUUCCAGAAGUUAUGAUUCCCAGGCAUCAGUCUUGUCUUUCUGAUUAAAGUAAUUUCAUAAGCCCCUCCAAUUAGACGAGCGAUGGGACAGCCGACCCUGGCCUUUGGCUGGGCUGUUAAAUUAUGCUGUCGUUCAGAAUAGCCGUCUGGGUUUUUUGCUUUUGGAAAUGAACUGUAGCCUUAUCUUGUACGAGACAGUGCCGUUCCUUCUGCACGAGCAGGCUGUAGGGAUUCGGGGCUGCCAGCCCCUGUGGCUGCUUGGAGCGCUCGGGCCUUUCGUGCCCCAAAUGAAGCAGUGACUCUUUCUUCCACCCGCCCCCCCCCCCCAGCUGGAAACAUAAACCAGCCAGUAUUUAUUUACCCAACAAACCCUAGAACUUGAUCUUGAUGACCCUUACAGUGCGUUAUGUGCGUAUUUGCAGAUGCUUUUCUAUGAUGUACUCUGAAAAGGGACUUUUAUAUUGGCCACAAACCGCCCCCCUCUGCGAGCCCUGCCCCAGGAUUGCAGUGCCAGUGUGCACAUGACUUUCAUUUCUGGGUUCUGUCUUGAUUGGAGCCUGAAUCCAAUCUUGCUAAUAGUCCUCCAGUUCAAAUUAUAUUGAAAACAGAUGCUUCUAAAUCAGGUUGAGGAGCUUAUAGGAAUCUAGUCAAGUAUAUAGUGUUAGUUGAAAAUCUAUGAAGUAUUUGUAAUCAAGAGAAAACAAAAGCAGACCUCCUGCUUUGAGAAGCCCUGAAGGUAAGGAAGUCAGUGCUUUUAAAAAGAGAGCUUCAUUACUGUCUCUUGCCAAGCAAGAGAAUAAAAAAAAAAAAUCUAGCAAACUGAUAUAUCACGUUAGACCGGAAAACAAAGAGCGGGAUCACCUGGGUUUUGGAAAGCAGAGGAAUGAAACCAGAAGGUCAUCAUUUCUAAGAGGGAGGUGUUUCAUAAGUGAUCAUUCGUGUAACAGACAGGCUCUGUUUUGAGGAACAGUCGAAGGAAUUGCCUAAUUCUAGUAGACCUUAUUCCUGAUAGUGUCCAGAGUUUCAUUAGGUGGAAAACAAACUCUCAUUUCUCAAGGUCCAAGCCAGGAUUAGGAGUUCACUUACUCUGUGUCUGCUGCAGUAUUCUUUUGCUUCCGUCUGACAUGGCUGGCACUAUUUUUAGAAACAAAUGGACUCCUGAUCAUGGCUGUAACAGCAGCUCCAGCGUUAUUUAGUGUGGGAUUACAGAGGAGUUGUUUCAGCCCAGUUUAAGAGGAUAACACAGUCAUCCUGUUCCCUUGGUGUCCACAGUUACAGUUAUUUGCUUGCAUAAGCAGCCAGUUAUUUUCAGUAAAUGGAAGUGCCCCGUUGUUUGUAAAGUAUGAAUUGUCCUCUUUUUCAUUUUAAGAGGAGUUUCAUAGCAUUCCACAUUUGAGUUAUAAAUUGGACACGAUCUUCUUUUCCAGCAAAUGUUUCCUUCCAACUGCACCUUUGCCAUGGAAGGUGGUUGGAGUUUCUCAAGAAACCACAAAGCCAGGGCUUUAGAUGGGCCUGGUGGGGCGCCCGGGCAGCCAGGGGUGCUUAGUCCGGGUUUGCCUACGGUAGGGUUCCACGGUGAACAUUAUUAGAGCUUUAUUUUCUGUGCAUGAUGACUUAAUGUUUCACUUGUACACAAGGAUGUAAUACUCUGUGUUUUAGUCAGUCGAUGAGCAGUUCUGCCCUUAGACUUGCAGCAGCAGCCAUCGCUAAGUUUCUAAGAGACUGAAUCUAGUGCAAGUUUUUCCAGAAAACUUCAUCCUUUUCUGUAAGUCUGCUACCCUCUUUCACCCUGCUUCCUUCUUCCCCUGCUCCCACCAAAACCAAACAACUCUGCUUUGUGUUUAGCUCAGACAAAGCCCUUUACCAAGAUUUUUGCCUUUAUUUUAUUUUUUUAUUUGACAUCACCCUAUUGUCGGAGAGCUGUGUUCAGAUCCUCCACAUGCACUUCUUUUCAUUAAGUGGAGCCAGGUUGUUACUAGAUAGCCAAAGUUUAUUCAGCAAGAGCCAAGCUGUUGUACACAGACUCUUCUCUUGCACCUUUUGUGAUUUGCAGGGCAACCACUUGGAAUCCAUUAUGUACUUCUACAAAACAUCGCGCUUUGUAAUUUAAUUACACUGUGCGAAGAAUAUAAGUCUGACCUGACAAUUCAGCCGGGAGAAUUUCCCAGCCAAACAUACCACUUCUCUGUGCAAAUACUCGCUUUUGUCUCAAAACUGUUUAGUUUUUUGAAUUGUUGUUACGUUGUUUAAAGUAAUGAAACAAAUUUGAUGCACUCCCUCUGUGGCUGUCCCGAACUUGACUCUGAGAAGUCAGUUUGGUUGUCUCCUCCAAUUCGGGCUGUCUGCACGCUUAGGUCUUAAAAGUUUCCUCCAGAAAAUCAGACUUGAGCAGCAAAUUAGUUUCUGUAUUAAGUAGUCUUGGCAGUUUGGCAUUUAUUUAAAAAACAUGAGCAGCUGAGUACAUAUGCUACCAAAACUUAUUCUGGAAAUACUGUUUGAUAAGCUUCACGUAACUCGUGUUUAUAAUUUAUUCCCCCUUCAAAGCUCCAUUUGCUGUUGCCAGCUUGGUGGCUACGAGCAAUAACGUGCGGUGCUGCAGCCCAGGCUCGCCCCAAGCCCACAGUGUGAUUUCAGCAAAUUUGGUUCCCAGUUCCCAGUGUCUUUUUCCACCAGUGCAACUAUUAAGACUCGGGGAGGUGCUCAGCUGCAAGCGCAGCAAAGCCUAUAAAAAAUGAAAGAAGAAAAAGGCAGGAAAUUUAAGUGGUAGGUAUAUAUGCUAUAAAACUAAUUUGCUAAGGUCUAAGAAGAAAGCAUUCCCCACAUAAUACUGUAGAAAUACUGAAAAAGGAGUGCUGACCUGCUGUCUCUGAAGGAAAUCCUGUCUAGUCUUUAGCUGGGGGGCCUCAGCGGUGGGAUGCUGGAAAGCUUUGGGAAGGUGGGAUAAUUCUUGGGGCUCUGCCUGGGAUGUAGAGAAUUUCCUCUCCGUUCAUCCAGGCCUCCCAGAAAGCUUUUUGCUUUUUUCCCCCUCCUUAUUUGUAUAAAUAAUUACAUACAUUAGCAUCAAACUUCUCGCAACCCUUGUCUACCAGCCAAGUUAUUUUAACUGAUCUAAAGUGUUUCUGGUAGAAUUCUACACGUCAGAUUUCCUCCCAGCGAAACGAUUUAAUUUUUAAACUGGGAUAUUACAUCUAACGGUAGUGGUGAGCCAGGCUUUAUUGAAACCUCACCCGCCCUGAGCAUACGUUGGAUUUUGUGCAAGGUACCUGGCUCUGCAGCUGGCCACUUCUUUCCACACCACGUACCUUUAAACCCGCUUGCAUGCAGAUCCUCGUGUCGGAGGUUCCCUGCUUGACCUCAUCUACGACACCUGCUUCCACCCAGCUAAUGUCCUCCUUAAAACUGCCUUCAUCAAAGCCGGAUAGCAAGCAGUGCCGGGUUUAGCACAGCCCGCUGCUGAAAUCACUCCAUCUUUUAGGAAAAGUAAAAAAAAAAAAAAAAAAGUGCCUCAAGUGAGCAGGGGGAAAAAAAGUAGGAGCCUAAAGCCGUGCAGAGGGGAUUGCGGCUUUGCUGGCCGGCGGUGGCUUGUCUUUGUGAAGCCAGCUUCUGGUACCUGCUGCUUUGCAUCGCACGUGGCUUCUGUCUCAUCUGCUGUGAGUAGGAGAUAUUUGGUAGAAUAGAAUAGAAGAGAAUAUGGAAGGGAAGGGUGUAGCUGGAGAGGUUGGUACAAUAUCUACGUCUUAAAAUGGUAGCUCUAGCAGAGAACAAAGUGGUUUGGAUCAAGUUCAGUACUCGAAUCUAAAACUCCCCAACUAGCAAAAAUUCUGAAGAGUAAGAAACCUCUCCUAUCAGCUCGAGAUGCACACCCCUGUUUGUUUUUUGUUUUUUUUUUUUUUUUUUUUUAUUUAAUGACUAUCUAUGCUCCAAGUCAAUAAUUCCGCUUGAGAGCUGGAACCAUCGAGAAAAAGGACAAGUACGUAUUUGUUAAUUCUUUUUACAUUAGCAGUAUUUCCAAUGGUCUAUUUUUACAGUAGAAAUAAAUAAUUAUGUCUAGUUGCACAAUUCUAUGUUGAAAACAGUGUUAAAUACUGACUCACAGUGUUGUCUGCGUGGCAGGGCCUGUCAAUGUCCCACCGCCUAGAAUCUUGCAGGAAAUGAGAAUUUUGCUUUUGGAUUAGGAUUUUUUGUUUGGUUGGUUUUGGAUCAGAGAAGUUUCGAAUAACUCCCCCUCCUUGCCAGCAUCCCCCCCCCCCCCACAGCCCAGCCUGCAGUAUUUAGACCCCCGAGGCUGGAGCAGCAUGGGACAAUACGUUGGAUUCCCCGUUGCUCCUGCGCUGCUACUCAGCAGUUUCACACUUGCAAGCACCCAGAUGAGGUAGUAAAGGAUAUUUCGUGUGUGGUUGAGCCGUGUAACUAAGGGGAUCUGAAGUUGUGAGUUUGAAUUUUUCUGUAUGUUCCCUUUUCUAGUGGUGGAAGUAAAAUACGAUUAAACUUU